UCUGGUAGUUAGGUAUAUAAAGUUAUGUAAAUAGAUAGAAAGUCUCUGCUUUGCUUUUUUUGGAAAUCAGCUUUUUUGACUGCUACACUGUGUAAGAAAAUCAUCCUUGGAUUUCGUUUCCAUUUCCUUUUGUGGAAGACUUGAGACUUUCUGUCCAUUGACAUGACUUUAUUUACGUAGCAGCGGGAAGUUAACAUGUUUAGCACCCUUUGCUAAAUAGGGCACAAAUCCUUUUAGGUUACACUGUUACAGUUAUGAACAGAUUUGCCAAUGUGUAGUAACUUGUAAGCUUAUGUGGGUAAUCUUAUUCUAUUUGCUGCAAUCUUAAGACAUUCGCCGGCAAUUUUUCCUCAUAUGCUAUCCUUCCCUCAGUCAAGCUAUUGCUUUCCGAGGACGGCACAGUUUGUAAAUUGAUACUUGCAACUAGAUAACAUACCUUUGCACCUUAUCCCUCACAAGGGCUGAAGAAGUUUCUGAUGCCUUCCUCAACUUUGGUGGAAACAUUCAGACACCCAACUGUCUAAGGUCGAAUUUUACAAAUUUACAAGAAACGUAUUUAGAUUUCAAUGUGUAGAACGAUAACUCAUAUUUAACAGACAGCCAAUCUCUAAAGUGAACACAUCAAUUAGAAUAUUGAUUUACAUAAUUGUUCAAGUCUCUAACAAGUCCAUGCCAAUAGUAGUGGAGACUCUGGUUUGCAAAUUGCAACUGGUGAAUGCAAAUAAGUAAAUGCCUGAAAUAUACAGGUAAUACCCUAAUACAAAUUCAAACAAUCAGAUAUGUAAUGAUGCUAUCAGAGGAACUGAAAAUGUAUAGCCUCAUACCUAGCUCAAAAUUGCUCUCAGAAUCUUAGACAACUUACACAAGAUUGUCACCAAAAAUGAAUAUCGUUGUUACAGUUCAUUCUUGCAAAUAGUCAUUUAGUAUAAUUAAAUGAUUUAUUAACUAAGAGAAAGAAGCAUUAUAAUAUAUGCUUAAUUUGUAGACAGGCAACUUCUGUCAUCUUCCUAUGAUCUAGAGAAAAAUGAAUAUGGACACUAAAAUGAAGCAUUAUUCCAAAGAAUGUUACUACUAUUAGUUUAUAGUUUCUGUAGAUAAACUAAACAAUUAGUGAGUUGAAUUUUUCGGUGAACAAACGAUCCAUUUGAUGUUCUUACGUGCGUGCACAAAACCACAGACCUGAAUGCCGACUUACGAAUUCACAUAAACUAUUAUUAGAUAAUUCCGCAUUUGUGUUGUUGAUAUCACUAUAUGAUAUCGUCUUCCGUGUGUAGUAUAGUUUACUUCGCGUACAUUUGGUGAAAUUUAUUCUAGAAAAUUAGAGUCCAGUGAAGCAAAAGGCUUAGUCAAAAAUGGAAAAAAAAAAUACACAGCAAAGGGGCAAAACAAAGGUAUUCAAGAUGAGCUAGUUCACCUUCUUUAAGUAGUGGUUCUUCCCCUCACAGCUUCUCCAUCCAUUGAAGUGGUGGAGAACGGGGAGUGAGAGAGAAUCCCUCCACAUUCUCCAAUAUUUUUCUGUAUGUUGCUCUGCUUGAUUUUAUAUAUACUGAGGUUUCUUGGCAUACAAGUAAUAGAUUUGAUCACAAAGAGACCAUAAACUCAUGUUUUGUUCUGCUUUCAGGAGUUACUAAGGAGAUGGCGUCCUGGACUUCAUCCCAAUUCCUGUAUGAAGAAACCAAGCCAUGCGGUAUCCAGUUCCUGGAACGUUUCAAGCGUUCAGGAAGACUCUCCUUCAAGCAAUACCAAGCCCUAGUCUUCACCUUAACCUUCGUCGCUUACAUCGCCUUCCACGCUGCUCGUAAGCCUAACAGCAUUGUCAAAGGCACCCUUUCCGCGUCAACAGUCAGAGGCGGUUGGUCUCCCUUUGAUGGCCCCGAUGGAACGGCCUUGCUAGGACAAAUCGACUUGGCCUUCCUCUCUGUCUACGCGGUUGGGAUGUUUGUAGCCGGUCACUUGGGAGACCGUUUGGAUCUCAGGACGUUUCUAACCAUCGGUAUGAUAGGCACCGGCCUCUUCACAGCUCUCUUUGGAGUCGCCUUCUGGGCCAACUUCCACAGCUUCUACUACUUCUUGGCGGUUCAGGUUCUGGCUGGGUGGUUUCAGUCCAUUGGCUGGCCUUGUGUUGUAGCCGUGCUCGGGAACUGGUUUGACAAGAAGAGAAGAGGGAUGAUUAUGGGUGUUUGGAGUGCUCACACUUCACUAGGUAACAUCACAGGCUCUCUACUCGCAUCAGGUCUGCUUAGGUUUGGGUGGGGCUGGUCGUUUCUUGGACCAGCUUUGCUCAUAACGUUCCUCGGUCUUGUUGUAUACUUUUUCUUGCCGGUGAACCCUCCGACCGUUGGUGCUGAGAGAGAUGGCACUGAAGUUGACUCCACCAUGAGGCUUGGUGACACCAUUACAGAGAGCUUCUUGGGGUCUAGAAUGAGUACCGGAUUCGAUAGAAAAGCAAUAGGGUUCAUGGCUGCGUGGAAGAUCCCUGGUGUUGCUCCUUUCGCCUUCUGCCUCUUCUUCACCAAGUUGGUCUCUUACACUUUCCUCUACUGGCUUCCUUUCUAUGUCAGCCACAACAUGAUUGGAGGAGAGUACCUGUCCGAAGAGACAUCAGGAAACUUGUCAACACUCUUCGACGUUGGAGGCGUGGUGGGAGGAGUCUUAGCCGGAUACAUCUCUGACCAGCUCGACGGCAGAGCCAUCACAGCUGCAGGAUUCAUCUACCUAGCCAUCCCAGCCCUCUUCCUAUACAGAAUCUACGGACACAUCUCAUUGACAAUCAAUAUCAUCCUCAUGUUCACGUCAGGAGUCUUUGUCAACGGACCUUUUGCUCUCAUCACAACAGCUGUCUCAGCCGAUCUCGGCACGCACAAGUCUCUCAAAGGCAAUGCGAGAGCCUUGGCUACGGUCACAGCUAUCAUAGACGGUACAGGAUCAGUUGGUGCUGCGAUUGGACCGGUUUUAACCGGUUACAUCUCAGCGAUUAGCUGGGACGCGGUGUUUUACAUGCUGAUGACUGCUGCUUUGAUAUCUGGUUUGUUGCUCACUAAGCUUAUUAUAACGGAAGUGAAAGCUAUGUUGUAUGGAUCAUCUGAUGAAGGUGAAGCAGCUACGUCAUCGUCGCCAGCGACCAGAGCUCCCAUUGAUGUUCUCCUCUAAGUUUUUUUUUUUGUUGAUUUUUCCUCUGUUUCUUUGAUAAUUUCAUUUAUGUUUUUUUUUUGUUUCUUAUUUUCUUUGAUCAAUGUCUAAAGUUUUAACCUUUGAAUGAGAAUAAAAGUUACGUUCGCUUUAACCAAGAAGGAAUUUAAGAAUGAAUAACUUUAAAACCAAAUAAUAAAAGAAGGAUCUUUACAUGCAAGUAAACCGAUGAUCAAAACAGCUGAAAAUUGAAGCAAUAUUAUAUGGGUGUGGGAUAUGUCAAACGUCGUCACUACGUUCGGGUUUGCGAUAUCUCUUUUCAAGUUCCUUGACCAUUGAGACGGCGCAGUGGGCAAGCUUGUUGAUGUUAGGAACCUUGUAGUUCUGAGCGAUGUAGAUCCCGCACGCUGUUCCCGUUAGGAAAGAGAAGCUUCUCUUCAUUAUCCCCAUAUCUCCUUCUUUCUCUGGAGAGGGAAGGGUUUCUCGGUCUCCGGCGUGAACUUAGAUCGGAAGAAAAACUGAAUCGGCGAGAUUGAUUGAAGAUUUAAAAAGAGCAAAGAAGUUGAGAAUUCUGGAAAGUCGAAGAACCGACUACAAGAUCAACUAAUGGGCCUGAUGGGUACUUGGCCCAAGCAUUGUUUAAACUUACAUUGGCUCGCGCUGGUUAUAAACCUUGACGCCAACACAAAUAAAAAGUGUAAAUGUGUGUAACAAUAAGUAAAAGGGGGGGGGGAUAUGAGCUCCCUUGAGCUUAUCUACGUAAGCAUAAAAAAAUCUACCAAUCACAUGCUCUUAUUUUGCCACUUCACAUUCUGUUUGUCGACAUUGGUCAAACUUUUUGGGCUUUUCAAAUUGGUUUGUGACUCAUUUAAAACCUAUGUUAAGCCUUCUUCGUCAGUCGUGUCCUGAUGAAAAAGAUACACCUACGUUUUCAUCUUCCUCAAUCGUCUCAGACGAUUCCCCUACAUAGACAUCAUUUCCACAUUUCCAAAUUUCCGGUAACUACGUCGGCAACAGUAUUCAGACCAAUAAAAUACUCUCAAAACCCACGUCACCAAUCAAGCUUCCUGACUUAUUUUCUUCUCCUCAUACUAAACGUUUCUACAAACGAUGGUCUUCUCAUCUCCCACACCUUCCUCCAUCUCUCAUAAAUAUAUAUUGAUUCAGUCCGCAAUCUCACUAACUAUAGAUCGAUUCGAUUGUUUGGUUCAAUUUCGUCACCUCCAACUUCUGUACGAAAUACAAUUUUCCAGUUUUAAAACACAAUUCAACUCAGGAGCAAUCCGGGUAUCAUUGGUUCUUAAACGAUGACCAAAUCAGAACCGGAGUUGAACGCAAGAGAUCUUUUGCGUCAGGUAUGGCUUUGAAGACGACAGUGCCUGCGAACGCAACGGCUGCCCAAACUCGGAAGAAGUAAGUGUCAAAUAUUUUGAACUUUUAAUUCGACGUCUGAAAGAGUGACAUUAGACAGGUUUCUUUCGAGUUCCCGCAUUCCUGAUUUUUGUAAAACUGGUGAGAUGUUUUUCAAUUGAUCAUCUGAGGUAUGGAUAUACAAACAUGAUGCUAAAGAAAAGGCAUAAAAUGUCUCUAAAUUCAAGAAAUUUUAAAUAUGCAUACCCACUUUACCUUAUGAGCACAUGUAUCUUAAUUUCUGUGGUACAUAUAUUUCUACUCUGUUCCACUUACAUUAUGGUUUCAAACUUCAACUGAGUGUACCAUAUCUCAAAUCCGUUUUGAAAUCGAUGGUAUCUAUAGUUUAGGUAAAUCUACAAUUUCUUUCCAGGUUUCAUGUCCAUCUUACUUUUGAUAUGGGUUUAGAAUGUAUUUGUACAACUUAACUUUAGGAUAUGCUCUAUAUUUAGAUUUUUGAAUUGCAGGCCUAUAUGUUGGUGACGAAGGACCUAAAGGCACUGAGAUAGUACAACUUUAUCGUGAGUAUGGACACUAGAGUGAUGCAGAUGAAAGAAACUCCUCAGAUAUUGAUUUCUUUGAAUAUACUGAGGCUGUUUAAGUUACAUGGGAUCCAAAUGUGUCGGCUGGCCAGGUUAUUUAUCUAUUUAGUGUCUUUUAGACCUAAAUUUCUCUUUGUUCUCCGUAGAAAUCCAAUAUGUAGCCCAAGUAAAUUUUUUUGCCUUCCCUUCUCCACAGAUUUCUUUUUUUUUUUCUCUUAACAAAAAAGCUAACGUCGACCUUCAUGUUAGUAUAACUUUUUCUCCACUUUAAUUCCUCAAAACUCUCUUUAUUUCAAUCAGUAACCCUCCAAUGGCGACGGCCCUUUCAAUUCUCCCAUCUCCACCAUCUAUAUAUGACUCGCCUCAUUUAGACAGAACCCCUAUCAUGAACCACUCGAUUCUUCUUUUAUUAAUCAGGUGUUGGCUUACGCACACCAGUCUUACAAAAGAAGUGAUCAAAUAACUUACUACUCAAGUAAUUUCAAAGGAAAAAGAAAAAUAGGCCCCGCAAGUUUACUCUGAAGCUGACACACUGAGGAACCUAAAAUCAAGACUUGCAAAGGGACUGAUAAUCAAGUGCAGUAAAUGCAAUCUGAAAGGGGAUGCCUUUGUCUGCUAUAUCAGGUCUUGCCGGUAGGAUUAUGUAUGUUUUACCACAUUCUUUUCAUUCGCAUCUAAAUAUAUAAUUAAAAAUUACUUACCACAGUUCUAAUUCUAAUGUGAAACUAUUAUUUUUGGGUCCUUACAAGAAGAUUUUCUUCUACUUUAUCUGGACAUAUAGACAUUGCGCAUCAAGAGCUGAGCCCUUACCAAAAUUGUAUCAAAGCUGUUUUCCCCAUCAUAUUUUGAUAUAAGAUUUACAGUAUGGCUGUAUCAUUACUUUUUUUCAGAAUUCCUGCUGAGUUUUGUUCAUUGGAUAGUACAAAAUAUCUUUUUCUCUGUGGAUAUGCACUAUCACAGAAUGAGAAGGUUAGUAUUUAGUAAUAAACAUCUCUUCUUACCACAAGACAACCAAGAAACCCCAUCCUAUGUGGAUAUAUCAUACCUACUUUGCUUCAAAAAAACUUAUCUUCGCAUUUCAUUGCUUUCCCCCAUUGCCUGAUGGAAUAAUCCAUAUCAAGGUACUGGAACCCAAGUGUUACACAUGUGCUUGCUUCUAAGGAUGUGAAAGGAGCGUGUACAAGAACUGUGAAUGUUAUUAUGGAUAUUCUCAAUGGAAAAGGGAUUAUCAAUGCAUACUGUAAGUUAGAUUGGUCACUCAAGAUUUCAAAUGCUCUUUACUUUUGCCAGUAAUAAAUCUUUGCCUUUACAUGGAUAAACUUUAACUCUUUCCAAGGAUGAAAGCAAGUCUC